AUGUGGAAGAAGCCCGGUUCAGAAACGGCGUCGCUCUCGUCGCUGCUGCUGCUGGUCCUGGCGACGCAGCCGGGGCCGGCCGCCGCCGUGCUCAAGUGCGACCCGCUCGUCGUCGAUGGGCGCAACUACAACCUUCACGCGCUCGCGGGUCCCCACACCGUCGUCACUCACGAGUACGUCCGCCCGACGUACCACAACACCACUUACACCAUCGACGUGUGCGCGCCCCUGCGGAGGAAGGACGACGUACCCAAGGAGCAAAGGUGUCCUGACGGGACGAGAGUAUGUGCGAUCAAACACCGGUGGGAUCCCCAGUCCAAAAAGAGCGAAACAGACCAAGUCAUACCCAUCGUGGUCGGCCACGACGGCAAGCCGUUCGCGUGGGAGGCCAAGAUCCUGUCCGCCGACGAAGACCCGGAGAAGAAGGACGCCCAGAAGGAAGGGCUGCGGCUUAUCAUGUCCGGUAACUCAUACCAGCAGCGCGCGCAGCGGACCGUGGUGGAUUUCCGGUGCGACCCGAACCUGGAGGGGACCGAGAAGGAAUGGGAGUCGAUAGACGAGUACCUGCCGGCGGACGGGAAGAAGGCGGAGAAGAGGAAGAACAGCCGGCGAGAUGAGAAGGGAGAUUCCGGGGACGGGGACGACGACGACGACGCCAGCACCCCGGAACGGCAGCUCAAGAAGGACGGCGCCGCUCUUGUUUGGAACGGCUACCGGCGCGACAAGGACGACAAUGGCAAGGACACGGACACGUUGUAUCUGACGUGGUACACGAAGCACGUCUGUGAUGCCGCGUUGGAGGAACCGGCUGCGGAAGCUAAGCACUGGGGGUUCUUUACGUGGCUGGUCAUUAUUGCCUUCCUCGCGGUGGCGUCGUACCUCAUCUUUGGCUCGUGGCUCAAUUACAACCGGUACGGCGCGCGCGGCUGGGACCUGCUCCCCCACGGCGACACGAUCCGCGACGUCCCCUACCUGCUCAAGGACUGGACGCGGCGGGUGCUCAAUACGGUCCAGGGCAGCGGCAGCAGGGGCGGGUAUUCUGCCGUUUAG